ACAUGCUGCUAUCAUCAUCAUCAUCCUUUCAGGGCGAGGUGGAGUCGCUGACUUGCAUUUGAUCAAUCUCAAAUCAAUCAAGAUGAGUACUGCACUAUCUCCAAAUGUGACUGGUGGAAGCGGCGUAGGCAACCAUCGUUCCGCUUUUGGCGUCGGAGCGGAAGGAGGAGGAGGAAAUUCCGGUUCAACUGCUGAUGAAUUAGAAGAAGAAGUACGCCGAGCACGCGAAGAAAGAUUAAGGAGAAGAAAUCAAUUAAGCGGAGGUGGCUCAUUAAGUUCAAGUAGCCGUCAAUCACCGCAAUUAUCAGCUUCAGAAUCACCUUCUCCAGCCAAUCCAUCAUCUUCCUUAUCAGGCGAAGAAACAUUGAGGAAAUUAUUGGGAGAAAGGGGUAUAAAAUCACCAACCCUUGAAAGAUCAAUCGCUUCCCCCUCUAUGCAAUCAUCUCCUGUCAUGCAGCCAAAAUCGAAUUCUCUUUUGGAUCGCUAUGGAGGUGCUUCAGGUCCAACCGGUGUUGCCAAAGCAGGUACACAAGGUCAAUCGGUCUCAUUGGCUUCAUUCAUGGGAGGAAAAGCAAGUGGUCCUAGACUUGGAAAGCUGGCUGGAGACGGUCGCAAUGCUCCUCCAGAAGCCGAUUUGAUUGAUACAUCUAGACAUGCAUUACCAGGGUUAGCGUCAGGAAGGCCAAUUCCUGGUCAAAACACAAGUUCGGCAUCGGGUAUGGGCGCAUCUCCUUUGGCAAACUUUUUGGAAGCAAGAGCGGCCAGCAAGACUGGAAGCGCCGGAGUUGCACCUCAAGCACGAUCACCAAGUCCCGUCAAAUUGGCAGAGAGCGAGGUGAAGAGAUUCUCGUACACGUCACCAGCUGAACCACAACCAACAGAAACGAAACCAUUAUCACCUGUUCGCAUUCCCAACAGCACACAAACGGAGAAUGUCAAAACUCAAGGUCAAGAUCUCGUCUCACCCCGACUACAUGAUGCUUCUACUAGUCCAUUCAAGCCUCAAGACCUUCAUGAUGCAAAGACUUUGGAUGCACCCUUAAAGAGCGCCUCACAAUCAAAAGCAGGCUCCAGUGCUCUUUCACCUGGUUCGAUCGUUCAUUCUCCUACUGCAGAUGCACUUUCACGUUUUCCUCCUGUCUCACAACACAGUCCUGCAGUCUCGCCUUCUCUUCCACAGGAGCCAAAUAUGUCCCCUGCAUUCAUGGCAACUCAACAAAACAACGAAAGACAGCCAACCGAAAGUUUGACACGUUUACGAUCCAAGAGAAUGGUAGAACAAAGAGUAAGAGAAGCACAAGAGCGUGGUCAACAGGAAAGUGGAGCUUCUUCCCCUGGCCACCGAUCACCAGCAGCGGAAGAAGGAUCUGCUCAAAGUGCAAAAGCUUUCUGGAGCGCUGGUGCUAACCAAAUCAAUGCUCCGCAACAAGCCCGUUCCUUGCCGAUUCCUGGUAGGAUGAGCAAUGCAUUGCCCGGUCUCGGUGGUCAACACGGAGGCAGCGGUGCACCUCGUAACCUGUAUGCUGUCAAUCGAAAGACUCCCGAAGAGGAAGCAGCUGCGUUUGCACAGCCUGUUCGAUUGCCUGGCAUGGGAUCUGCUGCUAGCCCUUUCGCUGCACGAAAGAUGACCGAAGAGAAAGAUGAUGAUGGAGAAGUGAGUAAGCCACUCCAAUCGCUCACUGCUGGUCGUGCGAGACCAAAGAAGGCAUUCAGUGCAAGUACAACGACAAGAUCGAGCGCUCCCGCUCCACAAUAUGCAACUUCGUCCAUUGUCACCCCGCAACAUGAACCUUCACCGAAAAAGGAAGAUUUGCAUCUUCAAACAAGCAAUAUACAUGAACGAAAGCCGCAAAUCAGGAGAGAAGACUCUGCAUCUGGACCAGACUCUGCUGCAAAGAUCGCCGAUUCAACAGCCGCACUAGAAGCUUUACUGGAAGGACGAUCGGUCAAGACGCCACCGCCAACAAGCUCGAAAGCAUCUGUUGGAUCUAAACAGCACGUUCGACCGAGUGGAACAUUAAAGAUUGCUCGAAGUCGUAGCGAGUGGACAAAAGUGGAUCACUCUGCUCUUCUUCAUUCUGCACCACCAAUCGUUCGUGCUAAUCCUCUGAAUCGCAAAUUGGUCAGUUUAGAGGUGGCUUUGAUCGGUUCGAAUGGAUCUACAACAAGCUUGAAAGGUCAAGAUGCUGCUACGUUGUACGAGACGGAAACACAAGUGAUCACACAUCGAUUCAAAGAUUCGGCCAUGAGCGCAAUCAUCACUACAAACGUGUAUGCCCGUGUUGGACGAUUGUCACCAAUCGUUACUGGCUCACAAGGAGCUGAAGCACGCAAAUUGAUGGAAAUCGCUCAGCAGAAUCGUGUUCCAGUGAUUGAUGCAAGACAAGGAAGGGAAAGCUUGGAAUUGGCACAGGUAUUGGGUGGCACUUUGAUCACGAAAGAAGGAAGUAGAAACACUGGUCGUGACAACAGCGAUUCAAAUACGACAACGUUCCAAGUUCGAGGCGUACAAGGUGGCUUGUUUAUCGAUCAAGUGGAUUCCCUGACAAGCAGCUUGUGCUCAUCUCUUAGCGUCAUUGUCGAAUUGAUGGGAGAUGUAUUCGUUUGGCAUGGGAUGGGGUCCGUUCCUGCGAUCCGUGAAGGUGCUUUACAGUAUGCAAAGGCACUCUCUCCGCAAGCAAAAAAGAUUGCACAGUAUGAAGAAGGAAGUGAAGAUGAAUUGUUCUGGACUUGCUUCGAUCGUGCAACAGCAUACAGUAAUGCUUGGCAUCAUCAAUUCUUGCCUCUUCUACGUGAAGAUCAAUUGGCCAAUAGACUGUAUAACCUUCAAGUGCAGGGAUCUAUUGCCAAAGUGACGGAGCAAACGCCUUUCUCAGCUUUGGAUAUUAAACGUGAUGGAGUAUAUCUGCUACAACUACCGAUGGAACUUUACAUCUUAAUCGGACCUGAUGCAAGAUCGCACAGAAACGCAAUCGGAGCAAUGAUUGAGGCAGCUUCAGUAUUAUCACGCCAUAUCGCUCAACAACGUGGAUCGACAAUCAUGACUGCACCCAUUCACGUUCUCACUUUCCCUUCAAUCGUACCAAGAGAAGUUCGUUCUGCAUUUAGAUAUUGGCAUGACGAACAUUUGAACGGUAAACGUUGGCAAAGAAUGCAACUUCGCAUGAACAUUACCGAAAAACGCGAAGCAGUCAAACAAUUGGAAAAGGUCGAACACGAUGUAGCUGAUUUAGAGGAUGACUUAUUCUUACCUGUUGGUGUUGGAUUGGACGAUGUGAAGGGCAUCGAUGUUUAAAUGGUAUUCUGCCAUAUUCCUUCUCGAGCUAUUUUUCUGUACCUAUG